CACGCCGUUGCCUGUCAACUCGGCAAGGCAAGGUUUUCUGACACCAGUUUCUACUUUCGGAGGUUUUUCUCCACGUCUGAUAUGGAAGACCAUGUUCUGACGGCGCUGGAAGAUCUCAGGUAUGAUGGCCCCUUGGUUAACGAAGAGCUGUUUGCAAAGGAGAUUGAAGAAGCCAAGUCAGUCAAGUUCACAGGCCUCGUGGCAUGGCUGUCAACCCAGAUCAAGUCCCUCUGCAACAUGGAGGAUCACGUGAAUGCCAUCACAGACCUCGAUGACUGGAACACGUUCUUGCUCGAGCUGAGUGGUUUCCUAAAGGAGAUGCAAUGUCCAUUAACUGUAUUGACAGAAGGGCCUGUGAGCCAGCGGCUUGUCUCAAAGGAGAAUAGACUGCUUCUUCUAGGCUUUCUGUGCGACGAGCUAGAGGCAGCUCGCAUGAUCAAAGUGUUGCGUCCCGACAGUGGUGCCCUUCAGGUUCAGAUGGACGAGUCGCCCGUGGCCAAGGCUAUGAAGGGCAUGCUGAUUACUCUAGGCUUUGGCAAGCCACCGCCAAACAUCACACCCGCACAGCUCUUCUCAAAGGCGGAAUCUAAGGUGCGCGAGCUGGUUCCCAAGGCAGGCCCCGCGGUCAUGAGCAAGCCGCUGUUUGCGGGCGGCCUCACGGAGAAGCAGUGGUUCGCGCUGGCCAAGCUGCAGGAGCAGAUGCAGGGCGAGUACCGCGUGCGACGGGAGACGCUCAUCAAGCGUCUCGACGUCACCAUCCAGUCCUUCCUCUGGGCCGAGCGCCUCAAGGGCAUGGAGGACAAAAUCAUGACGGCAUACCAGCCGAGGCGAAAACUCAUGGAGACCGAGCCCAAUGUCAGCGUGGGUCACGUGCUUGCUGCUCGGGAAGACCUGACGAUGCUGGAGAAAACGAGCGGCACGGGCGUGCGCAAGAACACCAAGAGCGCCGUGAACCGGGUGCUGAUUGGGAUGGUGCCCGCGGGCGGACGUCCCGAGGAGCAGCAGCCGCCUCCUCCCGAGAUGCCCAGCUGGCAGAAGCGUUCCGAUGGACCGCAGGGCGGUCGCGGAGGAGGAACGAGCUACUCGACUGGCCGUGUUCAAAAUGCUGGCUGGGAUGACCAAAGGAGAGGCGGGGACGGACGGGGUGACGGAGGCUAUGGAGGUGGUGGCUACGGCGGCGGCGGUGGCUACGGUGGUGGUGGAGGCUAUGGCCAGAGGGACCAGCGAGAAUCCAGGGGAGGACACGGUCGGGAUGGAGGCUACCAAGGCGGUGGGGGUGGCUACAGGCAGCAAGACAGCUACGGAGGUGGCCAUGGUGGCUACGGAGGUGGUGGCGGCUACAAGCAAGAUGGCUACAACCAGAGAGAAGGGCGCGGGGGUGGAGGUAGAGGGGGCUACCGAGGAGGAAGGGGUGGAGGCCGGGGAGGAGGCAGGCAGUAUGAUAGAUGAUUACGCAACCCUUCCGUUUGAACAGAGCGAUGGGUGGGAGUGAUCAAAUGUAUGCAUUAUUUCUGCCUUUAUGGGAGAAUGCGGGAGCAAAUUUCUCGCAGGGGUGCCGAUGAAACCGAAAGCGAAAAACAAAGGAAAAAUUAUGUGUUAACCCUGUGAAUUGUCGACGUACUGCACCCAGAUUCGAGCUGUACGCACAUUUGGGAGGACCGUUUCAAAAUGUGUGUUUGCUGAAUACUGUGAAACUGAUGCUAGCCAAGCCAUUGACAAAAUAGAUUAGAAUUUUUUUUUUGUAGAGGGGAAAAUGAGGGUUGCUGGCAUAAUGCAUUUUCAUCACUCAGCCAGCAGAAAUAGAAAGGCAUGACUGGGGAAGGUGUGCAUGUGAGGCAGUGCCUAGCACUCGUGUAAAUUAUUGAAUAGAGUGCAUGUUUUGUGUUUUUGCUCUGCAGCCAAAGCCCGUUUUUGUCCUGAAGCGUGUGAAUGAAAUAAAGAGAGCAGUGUGCAUUGCGAA